AUGUCGGAAUCCAUAGCCGGUCUUCAAGACGCGCCGGAAAAGCAGUCACCCCAGACGACUUCGGCUUCGCCGUCUCCCGCUUCGAAGAUACACGAGGAGUGGAAGGAUGACUCUUUGGACGCUUUGCUGGUCAGCAGCGACGGUGUUGGAUUCUAUGUUCCGGCUUAUAAGCUACAAGCCCACAGCACUGCCUUCUGCGACAUCAUAACCGGGCAUGCCAAGGGGCAGUCUCUAUCCAGCCUUUCCUCGUCAAACUCAAAAGGGGCCUCUGGCAAUGACCAUCACACUCUAGAGUUGACAGACAAGACUUUCGAAACUUCUCGGGUCGUUGCGUGGGCCUUGCAAUUGAUGGAUGGCACGUUUGACGUAAAGGCUUUUGUGGAGGCCAACGAAGCCAAAACUUCGCCGAUUCUGUCGAACCUGAAGUCGUUUGCCAACAAAUGGGAUUGUCGUCUGGUGCUGGAUGGCCUUGAACGGGCCGUUGUCACUAUCAGCUCUAGAAGCAGUUCUGAGCCUUUCAGUAAGCUUGAGCAAUAUGACAUCCUCAAAGUUGCGUCAAAUAUCGACCGUCCUUUCGCCGCUUAUGCGGUACUUCUCCUAUGGGACAUGCCCGAGGAAACGGUCGCUUCCGGCACCAAACCUUUGAUCCAUACCUCCCGUCUAGAGUAG